AAUUACAAACUGAGUUAUCUGCAAAACUAUCAAAUUCUUCAUAAACCACCAAAUCAUCCAUCCAGUAUUAUUUCCUGCAGAGAUGUCUCUGAUUCCAAGCUUCUUUGGCAACGGCCGCCGGAGCAACGUCUUCGAUCCGUUUUCAUUGGAUAUUUGGGACCCAUUUCAGGGCUUCCCAUUUUCCUCAGCCGUCGCCAAUCUCCCUUCCUCCGCCAGAGAAACCACCGCCGUGGCCAAUGCUAGGAUCGACUGGAAAGAGACGCCGGAGGCACACUUGUUUGAAGUGGAUGUUCCUGGAUUGAAGAAAGAGGAAGUGAAGGUUGAGGUUGAAGACGGGAAUAUUCUUCAGAUCAGCGGAGAGAGAAGCAAGGAGAAAGAGGAGAAGAACGACAAGUGGCACCGCAUCGAGAGGAGCUCCGGCAAGUUCAUCCGCCGAUUCAGGCUGCCGGAGAAUGCUAAAUUGGAGGAGGUGAAAGCGGCUAUGGAGAAUGGGGUGCUGACUGUCACUGUGCCCAAGGAGGAGGUGAAGAAGCCUUUGGUCAAGGCCAUUGACAUCUCUGGUUAACUUUGAUUUUUGGAUUGAUUGGUCGUAAAUGAAUAAUCAAUGGCAAUGGCGUAUAUUUGGGGUGUACUCCAUCCGUUCCUUAUUAAGUGUCGUUUUUAGUUUUGCACAAGGAUUAAGAAGCUCAAUAAAUGUGUCUUCAUUUUAGGUAAAAUAUAUUAGAAAGACUAAAAUAACCUUGAUUAUUUAAUGAUGUGAUAAGAGAGAGUUAAUAUU